UGGUGCUGGCUGAUGAAAUUUACCUUAUUUACAGUGAAAAACCCUUAGACAAUUGUUAUUAUUGGUUAGAGGGACUUGUGUUACACCACAUUUCCUCAGGCAACCAGGGUUUGGUGAAAUCAGUGCCGUAAAUCAGACGGUUCUGCACACUUUCUACACAUAGCUAAGAGUGUUAUUCUCUCAUCAUCCGAAGGGACUGCAUACUGCAAGCUUUUACUGUCUAUAACAUAACGCCGGCGUACCUUGUUUGAUUCUAGAGUCCCAGUUGUUUUCAGCAAGGAGUGGUCUUGAUGAUCCACGAUUUAGGUCUUCAAGAGUGUAAAUCACAAACAAAAGAAUGAGUGCUCUUGCAGAGACAAUCAAUAUAGAGGAAAAAUUCUCUGGAUCUUCACUGAAUGGCAGACAGGAAGGGUCACUAGAGGAAGCUAACAACCUAUUUGCACCAGACAGUAGUGGGGAAUUUGAUUGCGAUGGUAGCAACACGUUAAAUGAUGCUGAACAAGCAAUCGAUCCACGGGUUGCCUUGAUCAGUCCAGAUGAUAAUCAAUUUGAUGUUUUACUGCAAAAACUUAAGGAAAGGUUAGAUGAGGGACAUGGGGAAACCAUUUAUGAAGUUGGUGUUGGGGAUGGAGCAGCAAGUGGACUCACUGAAGAGGAUCUUAAAGCAUCUGUGGAUUCCUUAAAACUAUUAGCUGAGUCCUGUAAUGCUGAUGUUGUCCUGCUGAGAGAAAAGCCAGCAGAGGAGGGUACUGUAGCUGAAUAUCUUGUCCGUAACAGAGUGGAUGAGCAUGAUUUUAUGGAAGUGAGGGUGGCAGUGGUAGGCAAUGUUGAUGCUGGCAAGAGCACCUUACUUGGUGUGCUGACUCAUGGAGAACUGGACAAUGGACGAGGCAUGGCAAGACAGAGGCUCUUUCGCCACAAGCAUGAGAUGGAAUCAGGAAGAACCAGUAGUGUGGGAAAUGAUAUCUUGGGAUUUGAUAGCAGAGGAGAUGUGGUGAACAAGCCUGAUACCCAUGGACGUGGACUUGAUUGGUCCAGGAUAUGCCAGAAGUCUUCAAAGGUCAUCACUUUUAUUGAUCUGGCAGGGCAUGAAAGAUACCUGAAAACAACAAUUUUUGGAAUGACAGGACAUGUGCCAGACUUUGCCAUGCUAAUGAUUGGGUCAAAUGCAGGAAUCAUAGGCAUGACAAAAGAGCAUCUUGGGUUGGCCCUUGCACUCAAUGUUCCUGUGUUUGUGGUGGUGACCAAGAUUGACAUGUGUCCGCCCAAUGUGCUACAAGAUACCAUGAAACUCUUAUCCAGGAUUCUGAAAUCACCUGGCUGCCGUAAAAUCCCUGUCAUUGUUCAAAACAGUGAUGAUGUGGUUGUCUCAGCGACGAACUUUGUUUCUGAAAGAGUUUGCCCAAUAUUUCAGAUUUCCAACGUAACUGGUGAGAACUUGGACCUGCUGAAGAUGUUUUUGAAUUUGCUGUCAAUUCGAGCUCACUUCAGGAAAGAUGAACCAUCUGAGUUCCAGAUCGACGACACUUACUCAGUACCGGGUGUCGGUACAGUUGUAUCAGGCACGUGUCUGCGAGGCACCAUUCGACUGAAUGACACCCUUCUACUCGGACCAGAUCCUCUUGGUCAGUUUCAACCGAUCACAGUAAAGACAAUACAUCGCAAAAGAAUGCCAGUGAAGGAACUCCGUGCGGGACAAACGGCUUCGUUUGCUCUGAAAAAGAUAAAAAGAUCUCAAAUACGCAAAGGAAUGGUUAUGGUGGAUAAACAAGUGAAGCCGCAGGCAUGUUGGGAAUUCGAAGCCGAGGUUUUGGUUCUUCAUCACCCGACAACCAUCAGUACAAAAUACCAGGCAAUGGUUCACUGCGGGAGCAUGCGGCAGACGGCAACAAUAAUUCACAUGGAUAAAGACCAUCUUAGAACAGGAGAUAAGGCGAUGGUGCGUUUUCGCUUUAUAAAACAACCGGAAUUCGUCAAGCCGGAAACCAGAAUGAUCUUCAGAGAGGGUAGAACGAAAGCUGUCGGUACUAUACAGCGUAUCGAUCCAACUGCGCAUCCUCCGCCUCAGGUUGGCGGGAAAGUCAAACACCGUGGACCGGGCAGAGGCACCGCACAGUCACGUGACAAGAGCAAAGACGGAGCAAGUGCGCAGGCGUCAACAAGCUCAGAAAGAACAGGGAAAAAAUGACUUAAUAGUGACAUAGUUUUCUCAUAUUUAAGUCCAUCUUAAGGUUUUUAAGAUUCUUCGGAUUACUUUUAGCAUAGUUAUUUAAGAUUUAGAUUUUUACCACCACCAUGGUGGUUGGAAAAUUUAAAAUGUCUUUUAUCUCUGUGUUAUCUUCGGUCAUCUGUUAAAGAUGAGAAUUUCGUUCAUAUUUCCUCUAGUCUUAAAUUUGAUCAUUUAUUUCCCUACUCGAAAGUAAAAGAAAAGUAGUAAUUCAAAGUAAUUUAGUUUAACUGGCAGCCACAGGGAAUUCCAGUGAAAUAAUGAAAGUACUGUUCCCUGUGAGUUGUCACUCUCUAUCUUCCUCUUUCCAUAUGUUCCAGAUUGAAAUGAGUCGGAUUCGACGUCUUCCCAACAAGCAUUUGCAUCAUUUACCACAAACGUUCGAAAAAAUAAAAAGAAACCCUCCAAUUUACCUUCAAAAAAAAAAAAAAAACCUCAGACGAAAGGCAUCAGGUGGUACAUCGUCUUUUUUGUCGCAUGACCAUUAGUGCUACGCUUACCGCCGUUCCUCAGUCUAAAAAAAUCAAACUUGUUUCGUUACAAUUAAUUUUGCCGUGAAAAUAACAAAAAAAAAACAAUUUCAUUCCCAAUAAAUGCUUAGCAAACGGAUGGUUAAGUCCAAGGGAGCGUGAAUUUGAUCAGUAGAAAACGUAUUGACAAAUAAGAAAUGCCGCGUGGAAAAUUAA